AUGGCUACGGAGAAGGAAGUGCCCCAGGAUUCGGCACGUGGUAGUGUGGAAGAGCUCAGUGGUGCAGUGAAAGACAUCGAUGUCGCUGCCCGCUUCCUCGCAACCCUGGACGAUGAAGUCAGGGAGACUCCAAUCACCCCAGAAGAAGCCCGCAAGGUCCUCUGGAAGAUUGAUCUCUCCAUCCUUCCUCUGAUAUGGAUAUCCGCUAUCGUUGCUGCCGUCGACAAAGUAGUCAUCUCGAACGCCGCCAUUUAUGGCAUGAAGACGGAUACGCACCUUGUCGGAGAUCAGUACUCUUGGAUUGGAAGCAUCUUCUACUUCGGAUAUCUCAUCUUCGAGUACCCGAGUGCGUUUCUCAUCCAGCGUCUUCCCGUAGCCAAGUUCUUUUCUGCCACCGUCUUGGUUUGGGCCAUCAUGAUGUGCUGCACAGCCGCUACACACAACUUUGCCGGCCUUGCAGCCGUUCGAUUCAUCAUGGGAAUGGCUGAAGCCUGUUUAUUCCCGGUCUGCAACAUCAUGACCGUCAUGUGGUGGACGAACCAAGAGCAGCCCAUUCGUGCUGCCUGUUGGAUGUCUCAGUUCUCUUCAAUUUUCACCGGUAUUAUCAGCUACGGAAUUGGUAACGCCACCAACAUACAUCUCGCAACCUGGAGACUGCUCUUUCUGGUCCUGGGGGGCUUCUCUCUUCUUUGGGCGGUGGUCGUCUUCCUAUUUCUCCCGGACUCUCCAACAAAUUGCCGGUAUAUGACGGACCGCGAAAAGUUUAUUUGUCUGCAACGCAUCAAGGACAACAACACGGGUGUGGAGAGCAAAGAGAUCAAAUGGUACCAGAUCCGGGAGUGCUUGUGUGACCCUAAGACAUGGCUGCUUUUCAUCUUUGCCAUUGCUCAAAACAUCCCCAACGGUGGUCUCGUAACCUUUGCCUCGAUCAUUGUCUCUGGCCUCGGCUACUCUACACUGGUCACAACUCUGCUCGGUAUUCCGACCGGGAUCAUUGCCACGGUAUGGGCGUGGAUCAUGGCAUAUCCCGCAGGACGCUCGAAGAAGUUGCGCUGCAUCAUCGCAGCAUCCUGCAACCUUGUGACUGUGGUGUGUGCGGUACUCAUGUGGAAGCUUCCUCGAACCAACAAAGCUGGUUUACUGGCAGCCUACUACGUGUUUUACACGUAUUGGGGGCCUUAUGUGAUAGGGGCAUCGUUGCCCAUGGUAAACACGUCCGGGCACUCCAAAAAGGUGACGAUGAAUGCGGUCUACUUUCUUGCUUAUUGCACGGGAAACAUCAUCGGACCACAAGUCUUCCGAGCGAACGACGCACCAGAUUACACCCACGGGUAUGUCGGGCUCUUGGCAUGUUUGAUUGUGGCCAUGGUUGCAAUUCUGGCUUACGGCGCAUUAUGUGCCAUCGAAAACAAAAGGAGAGACGGUGCUGUGGGAGAAGGGGCUGUGCUUAUGGACGCCUUCUCGGACCGUACAGAUAAGGAAAAGAAGGAUUUUCGAUAUACUUAUUAA